UGUUUGAAGAUCUAAUUCAAUGUAACCAAAAUGAUUUUAUGGAUUUUCUAAAAUUAAAUUGUAAACUAAACAAUAAUUAGUUGCCCUCUUAUACCUUAUUUUGUUAUUACAAAAGUUCUAAAUCCACUUUUAAUUUUGGGAAAUGGAAAAGAAAGUAAGUUAAAAGAGUGUAUUAAUGGAAAAUAGUUUUUCUUCGCCAAAAUUAAUAGAAAAUAGUUGACUAAGGGGAAAUGGUAGUGCUAGUAAACAAACAUUUGUAUCAAUUAUCAGCACGAAUUAGUUGUUAAUGUGAAAAUAAUUUUAUUUGCGGCUGUUUUUAGUAAACAAAUAUUUUGUAUCAAGUAUGUGGUGGAAUGAGGAAUUUUAUACUUUGAAAAAUCGCUAGACGUCUAGGCCUCUAAGACAAGGUUUUCUUUAAAGUCGGGGGAAAAAAAAAAAAAAACAGACCCAACGCCGAGGCGGGCGCCUAGGCCCAUUUUUCGAACAUUUUUUGUUGUUGAAAAUUAGCGAUAACGAACACAUAGGUAGUAACUCCGUUCUCUUUUUAGCUUAUCCAACCGCUGAAAAUACCAAACUUGCGCCGAUAUAGCAGAUACUUUGAUUUUUCUCCUUCCCGUUCCACUCACAGUUGGCAAACUCAAACAGCUUCUCAGGCGAAGCAAUGGCGGUGCCUCUCUUCAACCUCGCCCCCAAUCUUACAGUUUCAAAGCUGUGCUUUGGUUCAACUCUAUUUCUUGCCCAUAUCUACUUGGACGAUGACUUUCGGCGAGCAAAACACGUUUUCGGAGUCGUUUGGCCUCCUCGACCAAGCUUUCCAGGUCGGCGUCAAUUUCUUUGACUCUGCAGAAAUGUAUCCAGUGGUUCAGCGAGCCCAGACUCAAGGGAGGAGCGAGGAGUACCUUGGCCGUUGGAUUAGAGAGCGCAGAGUUCCUCGAAACAGCGUCGUUUUGGCCACCAAGGUUACGGGACCGUCUGGGCAGAUGACUUGGAUACGAGAUGGCCCCAAGUGUUUGAAUGCUAAGAAUAUCACCGAGGCCAUUGACGGCAGCUUAAGGCGAUUGCAGACAGAUUACAUUGAUCUUUAUCAGAUUCAUUGGCCUGAUCGCUAUGUUCCCAUGUUCGGAGAAAUUGAGUAUGAUCCAACCCGACAGUUUUGUUCGAUUCCUAUAGACGAACAACUUGAUGCUCUUGGAAGAGCUGUUGAUUCUGGUAAGAUUAGAUAUGUUGGUCUCAGUAACGAAACACCGUAUGGGGUGAUGAAGUUUGUUCAGGUAGCUGAAAGGGGUACUCGCCAUCCAAAGAUUGUCUCUGUGCAGAACUCAUACAGCUUGCUCUGUCGAACUUUUGAUUCUGGGUUGGCUGAAUGCUGUCAUCAUGAGAGGAUCAGUUUAUUAGCCUACAGCCCCCUUGCAAUGGGUAUACUCUCUGGGAAGUAUUUUUUGCCUGAUGGGGGUCCUGCAGAUGCCCGGUUGAAUCUUUUUAGAGGUAAAUAUUCGGAAGGGGAAUCCAGAUACAACCUGUCUGAUCACAUCAUAAGAGCAGCGGCCAUGGAAUACAUUGACAUUGCAGGGAAGUACAGUGUUCACCCAGUAUCUCUUGCAAUAGCUUUUGUUUUGAGCCACCCCCUUGUUGCGAGUGUUGUGUUUGGAGCAACCAAGUCAUGGCAACUGCAGGAGGUUCUAGAUGGAUGCAAGGUCGAGCUGACACCUGAAGUAAUUACAGAAAUCAACAAGAUUCAUGAAAGGUUUCCUAAUCCAUGUCCCUGAUCAAAAUUCAAGCAAAUUCUAAUUCUUCUUCGUUUGAAUUAUUGUCAGAAUGUCUGAAAUGGAUUCGCAUCUCAUCUCUGGUGUAUAUAUUAUUUGUAAAUUCGUUGAAUUGAUAGAUAAUGAUGGAGGAUAUUGGUCUAGAAAGUUGCUCAGAAUCUUGUAGGAUUUUUGUCUGUCUAGAUAUGAUGGUGAUUCCUCCUUCCAAGCAUCCUGUAACUUAAAUGCGCUUCUCAUGCCAAAAAGUGGGGCCUCAUCUACAUUCUUUAAGCCAACUUUCCUUCAAUUUUGGGUCCAUGCCGGUCUUUUGUCGUGACGGGCAUUGACCGCUGUGAACUAUGUAGCUCAGCAUUGUGGUGGUGUUAGCUUUUGAGCUACAUGUUGCAGAAUGUUGAACAAGAACCCGGCGUGUUAAAAAGUCUUGGUAAAGUCUUUACGUUGUUACAUUAUACAUAUAUACAUGUAUGGGCGGACAUCUAAAAGACAAUUUUUGUCUUUCUAGAAGACCAAAAUGUACCCAAAAUUUGGCUUAACAUUUCUGGUAGGUUUUUAUGUUUUGUGUUAUGUAUAAUGUUGAUGAAAUUGUGUCAAAAAUAUAUGGAUAUAAUUGAUUGACAACAA